AUGUUUGGUGGGAAUGUGACAGAGCAUGUUGUUGCAGCUACUGUUAUUUCCAAACCUUUCUCCUAUAUCUCCUUUUCCAAUCCAGGAUAUCUUCUUCCAGCUCUUUCUAUCUCAGUGAGCCCCAGUGUGGUGGUUGCUCAGGGAGGAAAUGUCACAAUCAGCUGUAAAAGCGAAAUAUACCAACACAUGACAUUCGUUCUGGUCCAAGGAGUUCUACCACCACAAAAUGUGGAAGAGAAAAAGGCAGAGAAGUAUGAGGUUACAUUUUCUAUUGCCAAUGUCACACCCUCAAAUGAGGGGUCCUACUGGUGUUGCUUCAAAAAUUCUCUUCAAGAACGGACACAUCACAGUGAUCUAGUACACAUCUGGAUAAGAGAACAAAUUUAUCCCAAGCCGUCCAUAUCGGUGAGCCCCAAAGAACUGGUCCCUCUGGGAGAGAGUGCUGCUAUCCAUUGUGAGAAUGAAGACAACAGUAAGGCACAUUACUAUCUCAUUAAGGAAGGAGCUCAUCGUAUUAUGAAGUCUGAAACACCAGAUGGGAGAGGAGCUAUAUUUCUCAUUAACAGUGUUGAUCAAUCAAAUGUUGGGAUCUACUGGUGUGACUACAGACCGGAAUCUGAUUAUCAAUACUCCCGUUUCAGUGAGAGAGUGUACAUCAACAUAACAGAUCAUAAUUUCCCCAAACCCUCCAUCAAAAUGGCACUGGAAGGACAGCACGCUCCUGGUGAGAGUGUCACAAUUCUUUGUGAGGGGCCAGAGAACAAUCUGACGUUCUUCCUACACAAAGCAAUGGAUUUGAGAGCAUCACAGGAAACAGAACCUGGGAGUAAUACGGCAACGUUUCUUGUUCAAAAUAUCACAUCAGAGGAUGAAGGCAACUACACUUGUCAGUACCACAAGAGUGGAAAUCCCUUUGUGUGGUCAGUGCCAAGUAAUCCUGCACAGUUGGUUGUGGAAGGUGAGGAAUUUAAUCUGGCUUGUACUCUUUUAGAGUUGGAAGGACUAUUCAAAACAUGUUUUUCGAGCACAGAGAAAUUUUGAGAAGAAUCCUAGACUAGUGGGAAAAUUUGGAGUUUGUAAUUUGCUCUUCAUGUCUGCUUAUGGACAUUUUACACAGAAAACAGAAUUUUCUAUGCAGAAAAAGCAUUUUCAAUCAAUAUUUCUAUGCAGAAACAAAACCAUUUAUUUCUGCACAGAAAAAAUUGUUUAUUGUGCAGAAAAUGCAGUAUGAAGAGUCUUAUUCUGCUUUUUUAAAAAGCAUAAGGUUAAUUUGAGCAAAAAACAUUUUUCUGCAUAUAGAAUAACGUUUGUACACAAAUAUCCCUUUCUGUGUAAAAAAAAAAUCAUACAUCACAUCAUCCUUUUUGCCUUUCUCCAAAUAUACGCCAACUGGUCUACAUACUGUAUAUACUCUAGUAUAAGCUGAUCCGAAUAUAAGCAAAGGCACCUAAUUUUAUCACAAAAACUGGGAAAAUGUAUUGACUUGAGUAUAAGCCAAGGGUGGGAAAUGUAGCAUCUACCGGUAAAUUUCAAAAUAAAAAUAGAUACCAAUAAAAUCAUGUUAAUUGAUGCAUCAGUAGGUUAAAUAUUUUUGAAUAUUUAUAUAAAACAGUAAUUUAAGAUAAGACUUCCCAACUCGAUUAAACCAUCAUUCUAACCUUCUUCAGUAUAAAUGUCCUUACAUAUCCUUCCAAUAAUAAUAAAGUA